UUUAAAAAAAAGACAAGAUCGUUGGAAAGACGGUACUUCUCUCUCUAGCUUUCUCUCUCUAAAUUCUUGCUAUUAUAAAUGAUUUUCUCCAUAACCAAAAAUCAAACCCUUAAAAUCUAGGGUUUCUUCCCUUCUCUCUCUCGAUUUUUAAAAUUUCCCCAAAAGUAGAAAAAAUUACAGUCUUUCAAAUCGGCAAUUUGAUUUCCACGAAACUGAAAAUCACAAGUGUGAUUAAGACAGAAAUUAUGACGAUGAUUGACUCAAGGUGUUUAAUGGAGAACGGAGGAGGAGGUGGAGGUGAAGGAAGUUGCUUGCCGUGUACACCUGAAGAAGAGAAGCAGAUCGUUGAGGAAUUGAAUCGUGAAGCUGAACGUGAUUUGAAAGAAGGGAAUUUGUAUUUUGUUGUUUCUUCUAGGUGGUUCUCAAAAUGGGAGAGUUAUGUUGGUCGUGGUGGUGUUGACAACUUGGAUAAUGGGAAAUCUUCCGAGCCUCAAGAUUUGGAUGUUGAAAGGCCUGGUCCAAUUGAUAACUCUGAUAUAAUUGAGGGCAGAAGUAGUAAUGAGGGUGAUGAGCUAGAGCUUGUUAGAACGCUGUUGGAAGGAAGGGACUAUGUAUUAGUUCCUAAGAAAGUUUGGGAGAAGCUUGUCCAGUGGUACAAAGGAGGACCAGCGUUACCAAGAAAGAUGAUCUCUCAGGGUGUUUUUAAUAAAAAGCAGUUCAACGUGGAGGUUUAUCCACUUUGCCUCAAGUUAAUUGACUCCAGAGAUGACAGUGAAUCAACUAUACAGAUAAGCAAAAAGGCUUCUCUGCAUGAGUUAUAUGAGAAGGUUUGCUCAGCUAGAGGAGUAGAGCGUGAAAAGGCCUCUAUAUGGGACUUCUUCAAUAAGCAAAAGAGUUCACAGUUGAGCAUUUCAAACCAAACCUUGGAGGAGUUACACUUGCAGAUGGAUCAAGAGAUUCUUUUGGAGCUGAAAGUUGAUAGUUCUCCUUCUCAAUCUGGAAAGGAUUCAACAGGGAAUGAGUUAGCAUUGGUAGCCUUGGAACCUCCAAGGUCCCCCAUGUCGAUUGCAGGAGGGCCUGCCAUGUCAAAUGGUCACUCAAGUAGUUAUAGCUUGAACUUAUGGCCAGGAAGUGCCGUAAACUCAUCAUUCAAAGAUAUGGACGACGGAUUUGGUGUGCAUAGCUCUGUUAGGAGAGUAGAAAAGGGAGGUUUGGCAGGACUGCAGAAUAUGGGAAAUACUUGCUUUAUGAACAGUGCUUUACAAUGCUUACUCCACACACCCCAACUUGUUGAAUAUUUCUUGCAAGAUUACUCUGAGGAAAUCAACACACAGAAUCCUUUAGGAAUGCAUGGUGAACUUGCACUUGCAUUUGGUGACUUGUUGAGGAAACUGUGGUCCUCAGGCCGGACCGCGAUUGCACCACGUGUGUUUAAGGGAAAACUAGCGCUAUUUGCUCCUCAAUUCAGUGGUUAUAAUCAACAUGAUUCUCAAGAACUUCUUGCCUUUUUGCUGGAUGGGCUGCAUGAAGAUUUGAAUCGUGUCAAGCAAAAGCCUUAUAUUGAAAUGAAGGAUUGGAGUGGUGAACCAGACGAGGAAGUUGCAGACGAGUGUUGGAGAAAUCACAAGACUCGGAAUGACUCAGUUAUUGUGGAUGUUUGUCAAGGUCAAUAUAAGUCGACGCUGGUUUGCCCAAUUUGCAGUAAAAUUUCAAUUACUUUUGAUCCCUUCAUGUACUUGUCUUUGCCACUGCCUUCAACUGUCACUCGGAUAAUGACAGUAACAGUGUUUCAUGGUGAUGGAAGUGGUCUUCCAAUGCCUUGCACUGUUUCAGUGCUGAAACAUGGUAAUUGUAGAGAUCUUGGUCAAGCACUGGACUCUGCAUGCGGUUUGAAAAGUGGAGAAAGCCUUCUGCUGGCAGAAGUAUAUGAUCACAAGAUUUAUAGGAUGUUGGAAAAUCCUUUUGAACCAUUGGUCUCUAUAAAGGAUGAAGACCAUAUUGUGGCCUAUCGGUUUUGUGGAAAAGGGGCAGGAAGAAAGAAGCUGGAGAUUGUUCAUAGGGAUAAGUGCACUCCAGAUAUACUGAAGGGCAAUGUUGGGAAGUAUUUUGGCACACCUCUGAUAACUUAUAUGGACGAUGACUCACCAAGUGGAGCUGAUAUCUAUUUGGCUGCUUCCAGACUGCUCUCGCCUUUGAAACGAGCAUGUGCCUCUACUAUGGCUCAUAGUGGCGAAGAGAAUGGUUUUCUUUUGGAGGCUAAUGGUGAGACAUCAAGUGGCUGCAAUGGUCAAUGUGAACCUAGGGACCAAUCCAUGGGCAACACAGAACUAGAGGGUACAUCUAGCCAGGAAUUGCCUUUCCAGCUCUUUUUGACUGAUGAUCGGUAUUUAAGCUGCAAGCCAAUAUUUAAGGAUUCUGUCAUAAAAUCUGGGAAUCGUAUAAAGGUUGUCUUUGAGUGGACUGAGAAAGAACAGAAAUUAUACGAUUCCAGCAAUCUAAAGGAUCUCCCAGAGGUUUAUCACAAGACUGGCUAUAGAGCAAAGAAAACCCGGCAGGAAGCUGUCUCUUUAUUUUCGUGCCUGGAGGCAUUCUUGACAGAAGAACCUUUAGGGCCUGAUGACAUGUGGUAUUGUCCUAGUUGUAAAGAACAUAGGCAAGCCACCAAGAAACUGGACCUGUGGAUGUUGCCAGAUAUUCUUGUUUUUCACUUGAAACGGUUCUCAUACAGCAGAUACCUGAAGAACAAACUGGAUACUUUUGUGGAUUUCCCCGUUCACAAUCUUGAUUUGAGCAAAUAUGUGAAACAAAAGGAUGGACAAUCAUACACGUAUGAGUUAUAUGCCAUCAGCAACCAUUAUGGUGGUCUAGGUGGUGGGCACUAUACUGCAUUUGCCAAGUUGAUUGAUGAUAAUAGAUGGUACAGUUUCGACGAUAGUCGAGUUUCUCCAGUCAAUGAAGCUGACAUCAAGACCUCAGCUGCUUAUGUCUUAUUCUACCGAAGGGUUAAGACUGAAUCGAAGGCCGAAUUGGGAGAGACAUCACAAGCUCAUGCAGGUCUUUAAAAUGCUAUGGCUCGGUGCAUUCUGCUAUGCUAUAGCUUGGUAGUUUGGAGCAUAUGCAUUAAAGAUCAAGCCGAUCAGCCAGCUUUGUGGUGAUAUAAUUUUGCCAAACAACCCUGUAAGGUACCAGUAGAAGAAUCUCUAUUCAUGUAUUGCAAGGAAAAGAAGUGGCAGGCAAUUAGUUAAUAAUGUAUUAAUAUUAAUUUUUGGGGAGAGAUUUUGGUUCUAAAUGCGGCUGCUCUUAUCGGUCCUCUUAUGAAUGUUGGGCUGGGGCCAGCCAUUUUCUCUU